GUCAGCAACAGUACCUUCCAAAGCUUCACCAUUGAGCAAAAGUUACAUUGGAUCAAGCAGCAGCAAGCACACCGAGGAAUCACCAGAAGAUACAAAAAAGCUAAAGGAUCAAGUAAACCUCAAUAUAUUAGUAGUUGGCUGUGAGAAUGCUACAGUUCAUCUACUGGCAUAUGGGAUUUUCCCAGUUGCUCUACUGAAUUUAGCAGAUCACAGUGAAAAGGUCAAGCAUGGGAAGCUAGCAUCUGCUACUCUUACUAGUGACUUACAAAUGCUUUCUAUCUUACUGGAAUGUGCAGAGCCAAACAUGAAGGAGCUCUAUUUCUAUUCCUUCAAUAUGGAUCUGCUUUGCAAAAGACACAUGGAAAUACAGAUACUGGCUUCAAAGUUUGGCCAGAUUUCAUCACUGAUGGCAUACCUCGACGCAACUAUAACAGCAAUGACAGAAGCAUGGGAAGACAUCCUGCUAGAAAUGGACCUCAAGUUGGCAAAGUUUGCUGAGGAGAAGGCCAAGCUAGAUUCAGGGUCAGUCAGUGACGAUUUCCUUCAGCUACUGAUGUUUGGAACGUGUAGCGCGGAGCUGCAGCAGUUCCUUUUGUAUGAACUCACAGAAAAAGGUCUAAAAAAGCUUGGACAUUCACUGGAGACAUCAUAUUCCAACGUGCAAAAAUUGGUCCUAAAACACCUGCAGUCUGUCACACAAGCAUUAGCAUACCACCUAGGUGAUGUUAUGGGUAUGGCUCAGUGGAAAGACAAGUUUGGAGCACUGGGACUUACACCUGAAAAUUUGCAAGUGGUGUCCAGGAGUGUCGGCUCUUUCAUGCUGAAGGCAACUGAACUGCAGCAAGUAAUUGAUAACAGCAUGAAGAACUUUAAGGCUUUCUUCCGUUGGCUUUAUGUAG